UCCUUCUGUUAUGUUUCUGUGCUGCUCUUUUUUUUCAGCUUUUCGUUAUUAGGAAAUCGAAAACUGAAGCUGCGGCUGCGACUGGGUCUAUCAUCAGUCCGUGAGACGGUCUCAAAGCUAUUGGUCGUGUUGUCGCUUUUGUCGGAAAAACAGCAGCACGUAACGCUGAGCAGAAGAGAUCCACUAACGUAAGCGGUCGAGACGUAACGCCAUGCGAUCGGUGAUAACGGUAAAACAUUCAAAAUGAAGCGUUACCGUUCAGUGAAGUGAAGAGGAUCAAGCAAGGAUAAAUCCUGAAAAAAUAUACAAAAUAUAAAAUGUGUAAAUUAAAAAUGAAAAUCAAAUACCUAACUGUGUGAAUUCCUCACUUUCAUCCUAGACACGAAAACAACAACGAAAAAAAAAAAACAAAAAAACAGGAAACUAUCCCCCAAACUGCAAUCUUCCUAUAGACAAUAAAUCUCUUAAACUUUUCCGUAAAUCUUCCAUAAAUAUAAGAAUUUAUGCUUACACAAAUCAAAUCACAAAUUACCAAGGAAUUUUAUGGACUACGCCCAGUAGAUGAUGUGAUAUUAAAGCACUCACACUCCCAGGUGCACAGAGAGAUGCAUAUCUAUGGCCUAUAUAUAUACCCGAGAUCGGUGCUAAAUCAAUGAUAACUACCCGCUUAGGUCCAAUUAAUGCAAAUUGUGACAGCGCGUAAAUGCAAAGUGAGCCGAGCAGCACGGAAAUCAACAACAAAUGCCACUGAGACAUGUGAGCAGGCUGAUGAUUAUGGGCAGACAUUAAACAGACAAUCCAUAAUGAAAUUAUAAAAUUGAAAAGAUUAUAGCCCGGGCCGAGCGAUCGUCGAGAGGAAACUGAAACGACUGGGAAGUGCGGAGAGAUUGGAUCGAAACCGAAGCGGCUUGGCCGGGGAUCGAUGUCAACUCCGGGGAGAACUGCUCGCCAAUUAAACCUAAUUAAAUAGAGAAAUAUAAUAAAAAAAAAGUAAUUUUACACAACUUGUAUCAUAAAUCAGACCACACUGGCCAGCGCGAGUGAUUGUAAAAAGUGUAAAAAUAUCAGUUAAAUAUAUAUCUCAAAGUGGCAAUUUCCCUCGUAUAUACGUACAACUAAAGCUCCUAAAUACCAUAAAUCUACAAGUGUUAAAUACAAUAAUUUAUUAAAACCUUUCAUUUUUCCUAACAUUUCAAUGCUAGGAAAAUUGUACAAAGCCUAAUUCCUGCAACAAAAGCAUAAACAACAUUUAUGUGUUUUAAAUAAAAGACCCAAUAACUUUAUAAAACUUUAGACGUAUAAAUGUCCCUCUAAACGAACUGUUUAAAUACUUUCCAUUGAAAUUUCAAAUCCAUUUGGAAAAAUACAAUCGCAACUUAAGUUCCCACGCGCCGUCGGAUAUCUUGGCUGGAUAUAUGCAAUAUAUCUUAUGUCUUGGCCCGAUCACAGGAUGACUUACGCUCUACAGCAACAGCAACAACAACAGCCAGCUGAAGCAACAACUAUAGCAACCAGAAGAUCAAAUUUGUAUAGCAGCCAAUGCCAGACGAGUUAUCAACAUCCGUAAGGCCGAGAGAGGAAAAAAAACGCUGCAAUAGCCAAACGGUGCUCAAAUGGUGAUUUCUUCCUGCCAGCGGCCAACGGAUAUCCGUGCGGAUUUUAUACCAACAACUACAGCAGCAGCAAACACAGCCACAACAACAAGUUGUGCAAUUAGAGCAAAGCUGCUCAACCAACUAGAAGAGGCUGGCAAAUCGAUGCUACCAAAGCGAUCAGAAAAAUCAAGCAUGUACAUAACUCCUGUAAAACGAAGGCAACUUUAAAUCAGAAUCAUUUGGAGCGUCGUCAGUGGCAGCAGUAGCAGACGAACUGGAAGAGAAAAGCGAAGCUUAAACUUAGAACCUACAUCCGGCAGCCUGGGCAAUCAAUCGCACCACCAAUCAAUCAAUCAAUCAAUCAUUCAUUUAGUAGGAAAAGCGCCGGAAAACGGAGGAAAAAACUCGGUUACGGCCCGUGAGCGACUUACAUAUGAGAGUUAUGAGAGAGAAAGACCACUCACCAAGAAAGAUGCUUCCUAGCCCGAAACAGGGCUGCGUAUACCCUGCCUUAGGAUUAAUACCCACAUCGUAUAUAUCACACGUACCUUAUGAUCUGGCCUCCGCGGCGGCGGCGGCAACCUCCUCGUCCUCAUCGUCGUCCUCGCCGACGACGACAACGACCACAACGACCACUGGCCGGCUGCAACAUCAGUCGCAGCAGCAGCAGCAUCAGCAGCAACAUCAGCAGCAGCAACAUCAGCACUCCCACCAGCAACAUCAGACGUUGAAUCACCAUGCCAAGGGCAAGAGAAGAAGCAGUUUCGAUCAGCCGCUGGACCUGCGAUUGGCCCACAAGAGGAAGACGGAUUUGGCGGAUGGGGGGCCGCUGGAGGAUGAGAACAGCAACCUGAUAAUGUUCGCCAGCGAACUGGCGGUGGCCCAGCAGAAGGAGAAGGAGCUGAACAACAAUCACAUAGCCGCCUCGCUGGCCGAUCUGGGUUUCGACAUGAGCCGGAAAAUGCUGAGGGCCCUGCGGGAAGGUGGCGGUGCAGGAGGGGGUGGACCCACCACCGGACCGCCUUUGACACCACCGCAAUGUGCGAUGCCUGCUGUGCAUCCCACACUCCUAGAAGCCAUGACCAAGAACUUGCCCCUGCAGUAUCGCAAUGUGUUCGCCGGGGUGCUGCCCGGCAAGGUGACCAGUCCGGCGGCCUCGAGUAGUCCCACCGGACCGGACUUUCCCUUCCGGCAUCCACUGAAGAAGUGCGAACUGACGUGGCCGCCACCCACAGAGCAGCUGCAACUGGAGCUGCCCCAUCCGAAUCGCAAGUUGUCGCCGGUGCUGCCGCAUCCCCAGCUGCAGGACUAUCAGACGCGGCGGAAGAACAAGGCCAGGACAGCGGCCACGGGCGGCAAUGCCACGCCCAAUCUGCCGCAGCGCAACAAGGAUCGCUACACCUGCAAGUUCUGCGGCAAAGUCUUCCCGAGAUCGGCGAACCUGACGCGCCACCUGAGAACGCACACGGGCGAGCAGCCCUACAAGUGCAAGUACUGCGAACGUUCCUUUAGCAUUUCCUCGAACUUGCAGCGCCAUGUGCGCAAUAUCCACAACAAGGAGCGGCCCUUCAAGUGCGAGAUCUGUGAGCGCUGCUUUGGCCAGCAGACGAACCUGGACAGGCAUCUCAAGAAGCACGAAUCGGAUGCCGUGUCCUUGAGUGCCUUGUCGGGGGUGAGCGAACGGAUGCACUGCAUACGCCGGUUCUGCGAGAAUCCCACAGAAGAAUCCUAUUUCGAGGAGAUACGCAGCUUCAUGGGCAAGGUCACACAGCAGCAGCAGCAGCAACAGCAACAGCAGCAGCAGCAACACGACCAGCAGCAGCAGCAGCAACAGCAACAUCAGUCAACAGCAACAUCGGCGGCCAGUUCGUGUUCCUCGUCUCGCGACACGCCCACUUCCUCGCAGGAGGAGGCGGCGGAGAACACGGCAGCAAAAUCCACGGCUGAGACGGCAGCAACAUCGUCCAGCGGAGAUCAGGAGGAGGAGGAUUCGCAGCCCAUACUGGAGCUAAAGAAGACCCUCACCUCCAAGCUAUUUCCCACAACAACAGCAGCAGCAGCAGCAGCAACAACUACGCCGCCAGCAACAUCUAUCAAGGAAGAGGAACCCUAACUACACAACAGCAAUUUCUACAACAAAUUUCCUAUAGCAGAGAGCGGCCAGAAGGAGGUUAAAAGGUCCCUAAAACUAUGUCUAACAUCUAGCUAAGGGGCAGAUCCCUAAAACUAUGUCUAAAAAUCUAGCUGUAAAUAUAUAUAUAUAUAUAUAAAUAUAUAUAUACCUAAACCCCUAAUGUUCUACAACUAUGUGUAAAUCGAAUUGUACAAAUCGAGAAUUGGCAGAUCCAUAAUUAUAUAUAUAUAUAUACGAACGUAUGUGCAUAACUAUUAUUAGAUUCGUCUUAGGCAUUGGUAUCUUUUUGUACAUAAACAAACGUGACACGACAAAAAAUGUAUGAAAAAUAAUGACAAACAAAACAA